GUUGCAGCGGAUCAUCGCUGACAUUUCAAACCUGGAACGACCAGCAAAGUGAAAAGUUAGAGACGACGAAUCUUAAAAACGACUAGCGCGUAAAAGAUCCGGAAUUCCUCAUUUUCUCGAGAAAAUCACACAUAUUUUCUCGAGGAAAUCGGCAUCGGAAAACCAGCAUAUCCGUUUGGAUAAUUAUGAAAAUAUGGAAGUCUUGGUUCUUGCUACUGGUAAUUUUGCUGGUCUCGAUUGGAAUUUCUACCGCAGCUUCGCUUGGAUUGUCGAAGUCGACGGACGAGGCGUAUGUGACGCUUCUCUACGGAGAUGAGUUCCUGUUGGGAGUCAGGGUUCUGGGGAGAUCAAUACGCGACACCGGAUCGAAGAAGGACAUGGUGGUUCUUGUCUCCGAUGGCGUCUCUGAUUACGCCAAGAAGCUUCUCAAGGCUGAUGGGUGGUUAGUGGAGAAGAUUAGUCUGUUGGUGAACCCCAAUCAAGUGCGUCCGAAGAGGUUUUGGGGUGUUUACACCAAACUAAAAAUUUUCAACAUGACCAACUACAAGAAAGUCGUGUAUCUUGAUGCGGAUACAAUUGUGGUAAAAAGUGUAGAGGAUUUAUUUAAAUGUGGGAAAUUCUGUGCUAACUUGAAGCAUUCAGAGAGGCUGAAUUCAGGAGUCAUGGUGGUUGAACCAUCUGAAAAAGUUUUCAAUGACAUGAUGAGCAAAGUGACCACUUUGCCUUCUUAUACCGGAGGAGAUCAGGGUUUUCUGAACUCGUAUUACUCUGACUUUCCUAAUGCACAUGUUUUCGAGCCAAAUAUACCCCUGGAGGUGGUAAAAUCUAAGCCCGUCCCAGAAAUGCAGCGACUUUCCACUCUGUAUAAUGCGGAUGUUGGUCUGUACAUGCUUGCUAACAAGUGGAUGGUAGAUGAGAAUGAACUCUGUGUCAUUCAUUAUACACUUGGCCCCCUUAAACCUUGGGACUGGUGGACAUCAUGGCUUCUUAAACCUGUUGAUGUUUGGCAGAAUGUUAGGGAACAGCUUGCGGAUACCCUUCCUGGUACUAGAGGCGGCAGAAAUCCAAAUGAUGAGCUUGUUGUGAAAUUCCUUUUCUUUAUGCCACUUUUCACUGUACUUUUCUGUUGUUAUCGCUCGUCUCUUCAGAUCCGGGAUCACUUUGGUUCAUUUUGUAGAAGCUCAUUUUGCGACCAUAUUAGACACCUUAGCUAUACAGUUAGAUCCAAUGGAACACUUGCUUAUAAUGGGGUUUCUUCAUCAUCUUCAAUUAAUUCCAACCAUCAGUUCUCCACUGCUAUGCAGUCAAAGGUGCCUGUCUAUUUGGGAGGGAUUUCUGUAGUUGUGUGUUUCAUAGCUGCUGCAGUGUCCAUUGGAUUUGCUCUUGCAAUUGUGCCUCGGCAAGUGAUGCCAUGGACUGGUUUGCUCUUAAUGUACGAGUGGACGUUCACAAUUUUCUUUGCUUUAUUUGGAGCUUUUCUACACUUCACCUACAGAUGGGGAAAGACAGUGGCUGUUCCAGUAGGGUUGUAUUCCUCUGAUCCUGAAUCCUUGGAUUAUGAUUCUGGAAAAGGUCAUCAGCGGCAAGCGUCGUCUUGUGAUAUUGCGACAUGGUACUAUGGGUUGGGGAUGGCAUUUUUGGCUGUUGCUGCCCCAUCUUUACCUUUUCUUUUUGGGAUAACUGCUCUGUUUCCUAGGUUAGGGUUUAUGGUCGCCGGAGGUCUAGUUUUGGCAUCGUUCAUGACAUAUGCUGCAGAGCACCUUGCACUGCGAUCAUUCUCAAGAGGCCUUGAAGAUCGAGACACAACACGACCCAGAAGCAUGUGUUUCUUGUGCUGAUAGGUGUCGGAAAGUGAUGAAGACCAGACUCGUGCAUUUUUGUGUUUAAUUUGUAAGGUUUGUUAACAUAUAAUGAGCUUACAAUAGAUUUGUAACUGUAAAAUAUUGUGCAUCAUUUUCGCAAGAAUAGAAUGUUUUUUUUUUUUUUCCUGCCUUUCAAUAGGUUUUGAUGUAACGUUCUUUCAGGAAUUUUUGAUGUUGAUACUCUCUGUUCUUCACCUUGAAAUUCACCACUAGUUUCAACAGAA